AUGACACAGCCCUCACCAGCGGGCGAGUCACCGCUUCUGAGACUUAGCCCCCGCAUUCGGCUCCGCAUCUACCGCAAGCUCGGCCUAGGGCCAUGGGGAAACUUGGUGCACCGCUUCUACCUCCACGCAGGACAGCUCCAGCUGCGACGCGGACGAGGAGUUGGGGAGUAUUGGCGCUGGGUUCCCGACCCUACCGACUUCCACGGCCUGCUGCUGUCUUGUCGGGCCAUCUACGCCGAGGCAGCCGCACUGCUCUACUCGACCAGCCAGUUCUUCAUCUAUUAUGCGGAACCGCUGAGUGAGGCGGACCGACUCGAAUGCGGUCAACCCGAGAAACCGAUGCUAGGCCACCGGCCGCUACAAGUACUGCAUAACCUGACCAAUCCGUCACUCGCCCAUCUCUCCUAUCUCAAGGUCGUCCUAAAUUAG